CCUGUGUCUCCUGCAUUGGCAGGCGGAUUCUUUACCACUGAGCCACCAGGGAAGCCCAGUCAGUGGGGGAAGGAAACAACAAACCAUUUCCACUGCAAAGCAUCUUCGUCUGAGAAACUUUCAACUACGCUGAAAAACCGAAGACAAAUUUUCCUUCCCUCUCAUUUGAAAGGACUUAAAAGAGAAAUAAAUCGUCAGAGGUUUAAAGUUAAUACUCAGGAUGAAUGAUGGUAAUUCAGAUGGCAAGACAGAAGAUGAACUGCAAUCCUUGUUUAUCUGUGAUAGAAAUGGAAACACAUAUGCACGCAACCGAAAACCACCACCUACCCAAAACGCUGCAACCAAUAAUGUGAGUUGGCAUUGCGCCGACCCAGAUGGCACGGUGGGUGACUAUGAAACUGGCUCUGAUGUGGACAUUGGUGAAAACAUUUCUUUAAACCCUCAGUGUGUUGAAGUACACGAUCACCAAAAGUCUUCAAGCAAUUUCAUCAGUAAGGAGGCAUUAGAGGUGCACACGGAUGCCACGUGUCCAUCUUUUGCACAGGUUGUAAAUACAGCAGAACCCAAAUAUUUGCAUAGCAGUUGUCAUUCCCUAGGAUCGUUGAACCAGAGUGUUGAGACAUCUCUAACUUUUGUAUGGAAAACUAACAAUGAUGAUUUGAACUGUACAGACAAUCCUACUGCCUUACUGCUCAACCAGACUUUUGACAUAAAAGUGGAUAAUGUUAACUGUACCUUUGUAACACACGAUACCACUGGAAAGAGUCAGUCUUUGCCUACCACUGCAAGCCUGCAGCCAACCAACACAAGAAGCAUAAAUACAUCUUUAUCCUGUUCCAUUCUUCCAUCUUCCCAUUCUGAUAAGAUACAUGUAAGAGAAACAAGUUGUGAUCGAGAGAGCUUUGAAAAUUCUCAACCUGCGGCAUCACAGGCCCAGGACACAACUUACACAGUAUUUUCUGACAUGGUGAUGCAAAUUGAUGUUGUUCCAGAUACUGAAAAUCAGUGUCAUCAUUCUUCGGGAAAGGUCGCCAGUGAGUACCCAGAUGGAGCACAGCAAAGACGAGGCAGAGAAAAGGAGAUACAAGCUCUAACACAAGUUUCUGAUGGCAUGGAUGUUCCCAGUGGGUCUGUAUCACAAGAGUUCUUUUGUCCAUCUAAAGAUGAACCAAAUAGGGAGACACAUUCACAGAGCUCGUAUGGGCAAAAGGAAAUGGGCCAAAAUGUAAAAGAAACAGUGUCCAAUUGUCUAAUAGAUGAUGAAUGCCCUUUACUGGUGCCAGCUGUUAAUAAAAGCAAAACCCAAGUGCUGGGCCCAAAACACCAAGUCACUGUGACUAAAGACACACCAACUGCCUCCAAUGAAAAGCAUUUGGGAACCCAAAAUCGUACCAUAGAACUGAUACCGAAUAGCCGGCCAGGACAAAAGGAAGCGUCACUACUUGAGCUGACUUGGAAUGCAGAUGAUAUGGUCAUCAGUACAGAUAACAGAAUUUGCAUGUCCACGCCAGUCCUUGAACCCAUGAACACAACCUUUUCUGUCUCACCUGUUGAAGGUGUGGAGAAAUGUAGCAAAGUGCAGACGAGUAAUCGAGAGCCCCGAUGUUUACCAAAUUUGAAGGCAGCACCAAUGAUUGUGUCAAAACUUAACCUAGGAAAAUCUACCACCAAAGCAAAUAGCCCCCUAGGCAGCAAAGUUCGAAAAGCCAAAAUUAUAAGUUACCCAAAACCAAACUUCAAGAACAUUAAAGCAAAAGUUGUAUCCAGACCCGUGUUGCAGCCCAAGGACCCUGCUCUAUCAAAGGCUGCACCCAGACCUCAGUUAACUGGUGCCUCAUCUCCCUCAUCAGUGUCUUCUUCAAGACAGUCAACAGGUUUAAGCAAAACAGCAACAUAUGACUUGAAUGCAGACCCCAAAGCAGAAAUUCCAAUAAACAAGACGCAUAAGCAGCAGUUUAAUAAACUCAUUACGAGCCAGGCUGUGCAUGUUACAACUCAUUCUAAAAAUGCUUCACACAAGAAGCAUCCAAGAACAACAUCUGCCAUGAAAUCAAAUCAGGAAGAUGUUGACAAAGCAAGUUCUUCCAAUCCAGCGUGUGAGACUGGGUCCGUAGCUGCGGUUUUUCAGAUCAAAGAUGAGCUCCCUGUGAAAAUGGAAAGCACAGAAGGCUUGGAAGUGCCCUCUGCUUCCCACAUCGAUAGGAUUAGCCCUGAAAAGAAGGGUGAAGAAGAAAAUGGGACACCAAUGGCAAAACAGGAGCUAAAAAAGGAAAUCCUGAGUGAGACCUCUGCCUUUGGUUCUCUGUUUUUGGAUUCCGCUUCCAAACCUGCAAGCAUCUCAGGUGGGAGACCGGCUACGCCCAACUCCUCCAUUCUGAGGAAAACACCUGGUCCGAAAGCCAGAGUGGGGCCUUCUGUUUCCUGUUUGAGGCGGAAUAGUGACAGCAGAAAUCUCACCUCCGAUCGGGCCAUGUCUCCCCAGAGGAUCAGGCGUGUGUCCAGUUCUGGAAAACCUGCAUCCUUGAAAACAGCGCAGCCGUCUCGUGUGAAUCUGCCCAGAUUGCUUCCUAGACCCAAAGCAUCUGUGAAAAACCCUGCGCUGCGGAGGACAGAAAGCGCCUCCUCUGUCGCCAGCGUCCACAGUGAGCUGAGCGUUUACAGCAAUAACUCUGGUAAUGCCGCUGUCAUCAAAUAUGAGGAAAAACCUCCAAAACCAGCAUUUCAGAAUGGCUCCUCAGCAUCCUUAUAUUUGAAGCCCUUUGUACCCAGAGGUCACGCGCACUUUCUGAAAACUCCUCCGAAAGAUCCUUCAAGAAAAAGUCUAUUUACAGCCUUGAAUACAGUUGAGAAGGGCAGACAGAAGAGUCCCCGAAGUCUGUGCAUCCAGACCCAGACAUCCCCAGAUGUGCUGUCCUCUGAAAAAGCACUUGAGUUGGCUCAGUAUAAAAGCAAAUGUACGAAGCAAAGUGGAGUUAUCCUGCAGCUCAAGCAGCUUCUUUCCCUGGGCAACACCAAGUUUGAGGCAUUAACAGUUGUGGCUCAGCACCUGCUGUCUCAGCGAGAGGAAGCACUGAAACAAAACAAAACCCUAUCUCAAGAACUUGUCAACCUCCGGGGAGAGCUAGUCACUGUUUCAACCACCUGUGAGAAGUUAGAAAAAGCCAGGAAUGAGUUGCAAAUAGCUUAUGAAGGAUUUGUCCAGAAGUUAAACCAGCAGCACCAGACUGAUCUAACAGAGCUGGAGAAUCGGCUUAAAGAAUUUUACACUGGGGAAUGUGAAAAGCUUCAGAGCAUCUACAUAGAAGAAGCAGAGAAAUACAAAACUCAAUUGCAGGAGCAGUUUGACAACUUAAAUGCUACCCACGAAACCUCUAAGUUGAAAAUCGAAGCAAGCCACUCCGAGAAAAUAGAAUUGCUAAAGAAGUCCUAUGAAAAUUCCCUUUCAGAAAUCAAGAAAAGCCAUGAAAUGGAAAAGAAAUCCCUCGAGGAUCUGCUUUACGAGAAGCAGGAAUCACUAGAGAAACAAAUCAGUGAUCUGAAGAGUGAAAAUGAUGCUUUAAAUGAAAAGUUGAAAUCAGAAGAGCAGAAAAGAAUAUCAAGAGAGAAAGCAAAUUUAAAAAACCCUCAGAUCAUGUAUCUGGAGCAAGAGUUAGAAAGCCUGAAAGCUGUGUUGGAGAUCAAGAAUGAGAAGCUGCGCCAGCAGGACGUCAAGUUAAUGAAGAUGGAGAAACUGGUGGACAAUAACACAGCGCUGGUAGAUAAACUGAAGCGAUUCCAGCAGGAGAAUGAAGAACUAAAAGCUCGGAUGGACAAGCACAUGGCAAUUUCAAGGCAACUUUCCACGGAGCAAGCGGUCCUGCAGGAAUCACUGGAGAAGGAGUCCAAGGUCAACAAGCGCCUCUCCAUGGAGAACGAGGAGCUGCUCUGGAAGCUCCACAAUGGGAACCUGUGCAGCCCCAAGAGGUCCCCCACGUCCCCCGCUGCCCCCUUUCAGUCGCCUCGGAACUCCGGCUCCUUCCCCAGCCCCAGUGUCUCUUACCCAGAAGACCUUCCUGGGAGCCAGAGAGAGACAGACAGCAUCUCUGCAGGACUGACCCCGCCCGCAACUGCGCACCACCCGCCCUAGAAGUGGGAAGCCAUGGCCCGAACCGGCUCCUCCCACGUGAGGCCGGACUCCAGAGGAAGGUGUCCGACCCGGUCCAAAGAUGCUAUGGGAACGGAUCUACACGGACACUGUCGCACAAAGCACUUACAGAGCGGGAAAAACCUUGGUCAUUGCCUUUUUCACCUAUGGGUAAAGGGGAAAACUCUCAGGGGCCUGUUAAGAUAAAGAUUUAUAUAACCUUUGUAACCUUAUAUAACCUUUGUAAUUUAUAUAACCUUCACCAGACACCUUCUCGUGAUUUUUCUUUUGGUCUGACUGGGGCUGUGUGGAUGGAGCAGAUGGACCCGAGUGUCGUGUGUUGGACACUGCUUCCCUUGGUGUGUGUUGAGCUGAGCACCUCUGGAGACGUGUUCGUCAAGCAGUCGUCAGUGUAGACAUCUCUGCAGAAGCCAUAGAAGGAAGAGCAAUAGUUGCUGGAGUUAGGAUUCUUUACUACCGGCCAGCUCGGCCCUCUGCCCUGGUGGGGAAGAGGGGGCCACAGCAACAGCUCUGACUUGCCCGGGUCUGUACCUUCUCUGCAUCCCUUUGAGUAACUUGUUGGCAGCUUUUCAGUGUUCAGCUGUGUCAGUCGAAACUAGCUAAUUUUUUUUUUAACUUACCCAUGUGAACGUGAAAUACUACAAUCCAUUUUCUCAGGCUAUGAGCAAAUGCAGAACCCUAAGGAGUCGGACACGACUGAGCAACUGAACUGAACUGAAUUUUGCUUGAAAAGAAAAAAUCUGGAUAGAGAAAGAGCAGUACCCAUGGAUUGCUCUCUGCCUUAUAUUUAGCUUGAUCUGAGCUAUUCUCAGUGAUUUCAACUGGCUUCUUCUCUUCCAUCCCCAUCUCCUCCCUCCCCCAUCCAGAGCCACAAAAGCAAACCUUCCACCUCCUUCCUACUUUUCUCUGGGACAAAGUAUGCUUUGCCAAAGCCAGCUCAUCUUCAAGGUGCUGACCACUUUUCCAAAUAAACCAGGGCCUGGUUCCAAAGUACAAAUUUGGGGACAUCCUAGAGAGAUUGAAAAACAAAACAGGGUCAAUAGCUGACAGAACUGGGAAAGACAGGAUUCGGUACUUAUGGAUGACUAGAAGCACCUUGCUAAUAGUGCAGGCUGGGGAGAUAAUGCUAAAUUUUCACUUACCUUUGAGGAAUCUCCUGUCCUGGGGAAGACAGCAGAAUGGCCAGCCAGUGAGAGGAAAAUGUGGCUUGUCCAGCUCUUCUCCAAGUUGCUUUUCAGUCUCUCUUCAAAACAUCACUUAUUACCUCCCCCAGUUCUAAUACGUUGGGGGAAGUAGAAGGAAAAACUGUGGCUUUUUUCUCUCUCCCUGCAUGUGUCAAGCUUGUGCUGUCAGUAUUUACCAAUCAGCACAGCUGACAUUCAAUGCCUUUACAAAUAACCCCUAUAGUAAGAACAGGUUCAGGCCACUAGAGGUGGAUCUUUGAAUUGUCACUUACACAUACACUACAAAGCAGUGCUCAGAUUUCUCCAAGCCAGGCUUCAACAGUACGUGAACCAUGAACUUCCAGAUGUCCAAGCUGGAUUUAGAAAAAGCAGAGGAAUCAGAGAUCAAAUUGCCAACAACUGUUAGAUCAUCGAAAAAGCAAGAGGGUUCCAGAAAAACAUCUAAUGCUUCAUUGACUACACUAAAGCCUUCAACUGUGUGGAUCACAACAAACUAUGGAAAAUUCUUAAAGAGAUGGGAGUACCUGACUACCUUACCUGCCUCCUAAGAAAUCUAUAUGCAGGUCAAGAAGCAACAGUUAGAAGUGGACAUAGAACAACAGACUGGUUCCAAAUUGAGAAAGAAGUAUGUCAAGGCUGUAUAUUGUCACCCUGCUUAUUUAACUUCUAUGCAGAGUAUAUCAUGUGAAAUGCCAGGCUGGAUGAAGCACAAGCUGGAAUCAAGAUUGCCAGGAGAAAUAUCAAUAACCUCAGAUAUGCAGAUGACACCACCCUUACGGCAGAAAGCAAAGAACUAAGCCUCUUGAUGAACAUGAAAGAGAGUGAAAAAGUUGGCUUAAACCUCAACAUUCAAAAAAAUCAUGGCAUCUGGCCCCUUACUUCAUGGCAAAUAGAUGGGGAAACAAUGGAAACAGUGACUUUAUUUUGGGGAGCUCCAAAAUCACUUCACAUGGUGACUGCAACCAUGAAAUUAAAAGAUGCUUGCUCCUUGGAAGGAAAGCUAUGACCAACCUAGACAGCAUAUUAAAAAGCAGAGCCAUUACUUUGCCUACAAAGGUCAGUCUAGUCAAAGCUAUGGUUUUUCCAGUAGUAGAUAUAUGGAUGUGAGAGUUGUACCAUAAAGAAAGCUGAGUGCCAAAGAAUUGAUGCUUUUGAACUGUGGUGUUGGAGAAGACUCUUGAAAGCCCCCUGGAGUGCAAGGAGAUCCAACCAGUCAAUCCUAAAGGAAAUCAGUCCUGAAUAUUCAUUGGAAUAUUCAGGUGCUGAAGCUCCAAUACUUUGGCCACCUGAGCCAAAGAACUGACUCAUGUGAAAAGACCCUGAUGCUGGGAAAGAUUGAAGGCAGGAGGAGAAGGGGAUGACAGAGGAUGAGAUGGUGAGAUGGCAUUACCGACUCUAUGGACAUGAGUCUGAGCAAGAGAUAGGCAGGGAAGCCUAGCGUGCUGCAGUCCAUGGGGUCGCAAAGAGUCAGACACAACUGAGCAACUGAACUGACCAAGUGGACUGAUAUUCAUGCUGCACUGUUUGUUUUGUUUUACUAGUGAUUGUGUCUAAAGUCUUUUAUCUCUGAUGCUUGACUAUGUAUGUAACCUUUCAUGUUCAUUUCUGAUAAAUGGGAACGUAGGUUCACUGC